AUGAUUAGUAGAGACUGACUACUCUGUCUUCUAUAUAAUCAUUCCACUCAGCUUUUGUUCCGCAAAGCUCACAUUUUCAAGCUUAAGCUUUAAGCUUUAUCAGAGAGAGAGAGAGAGAGAGAAUAGCAGAAGAAGCAAAGAAAGAAUGGAGGGGAAAGAAGAGGAUGUGAAAGAAGGAGCGAGCAAGUUCCCAGAGAGGCAGCCCAUAGGGACCUCGGCACAGACGGACAAGGACUACAAGGAGCCACCGCCAGCUCCACUGUUCGAGCCCGGUGAGCUCCAGUCAUGGUCCUUCUGGAGGGCUGGGAUCGCCGAGUUCAUCGCCACCUUCCUCUUCCUCUACAUCACUCUCCUCACUGUCAUGGGUGUUUCCAGAGCUCCCAACAAGUGCGCCUCUGUUGGUAUUCAGGGCAUUGCUUGGGCCUUUGGGGGUAUGAUCUUUGCCCUUGUUUAUUGCACUGCUGGUAUCUCAGGUGGACACAUCAACCCAGCUGUGACAUUUGGUCUCUUCCUUGCAAGGAGGCUUUCUCUGACAAGAGCACUAUUCUACAUAGUGAUGCAAUGCCUUGGUGCAAUCUGCGGUGCUGGUGUGGUGAAGGGAUUCCAAAAAACACAAUAUGAAAUGGUGGGUGGUGGAGCCAAUGUAGUGAACGAUGGCUACAGCAUUAGGGAUGGCCUUGGGGCUGAGAUUGUUGGCACUUUUGUUCUUGUCUACACAGUUUUCUCUGCAACUGAUGCUAAGAGAAAUGCACGAGACUCCCAUGUACCUCUCUUGGCACCACUUCCGAUUGGGUUUGCAGUGUUUUUGGUGCACUUGGCAACCAUCCCCAUAACUGGAACAGGCAUCAACCCUGCCAGGAGCCUUGGGGCUGCCAUCAUCUACAACAAGGACCACGCAUGGGACGACCAGUGGAUCUUCUGGGUGGGGCCGUUCAUUGGAGCUGCACUUGCUGCCGUUUACCACCUGAUAGUUAUCAGAGCCAUCCCAUUCAAGAGCAGAGCCUGAGAACUACUCCUCUUGUCUUUCAUCUUUAAUCUUUGUGUUUUGUUUUGUGGACCCUUAAAGACAUGUUUGUUAGAACAUCAUAUGGCUACAAACUGAUUAUUUGAUUUUAGGGACCUAAGAACAUUGGGUAGUUAUGAAGACUUUGAAGGUCACAAGUAUACCAACUCAACUUCUGACAAACCUAUCUUCCCUUUUCUUCACGGAUUAUAAAAACUAUAGCAUUCAAAG